AUUGUGAAGAUGUAAACCUGGAUGAGGUUAGAGAGACAGAAAGAGGAAGGAAGUACAAUUCUGCAUCUUCUCGAUCAGAACGGAAGAGAAAGACUGUAACAUUAGUCACAGAAUCUGGUUUCAUAUUUCAGUAAAAUGUUCAGCACAUGUGUCGUUCUGCUCGUCUUUUCCAGCAUCUCUACAGCUGUUGUUGGUGCUCCAGAAACAGUCACAGGACACAGAGGAGAGAGAGUUGACAUCAGAUGCAGAUAUGAAUCUGGAUAUGAAUCGAAUUCAAAGUAUUUUUGUAAAGGCAAGUGUAACUAUGGGAAUAAAAAAAUUGUGGUUAAAUCAGGAUCUCCAGCUAAAGACGAGAGAUUCUCUCUGACUGAUGACAAGAGGACCAGAGUUUUCACCGUCAGCAUCACUGACCUGAGAACAGAGGAUACAGGACGAUACUGGUGUGGUGUGGAGAGGACUUUAGCUGAUUUGUCUUUAAAAGAUGUCUAUUCAGAGAUUAUGUUGCUGGUUAAAGAGGAUCAGAUUCAACAAACCACCAGCAUCACAACCACAGAAAGAAAAACCACUAUCACAGAUCAGGACAGCUCCUCAACGGGUGAUGUCUGGAGCACAGAGUCUGUCAUCUACGUCUCUGUGGGGUUAGUCCUCGUGAUGAUCAUCUUCCUCGCUGCGCUGACGGUGUUGUGUAGGAAGAGAAGCAAGAAAUCACCAAGAGUUACACAAUCUGGGCUUUCACCACAAGUCUCCAUUGUGCUUCUUUCUUUGAAUGAACACACUGCAGAGGAGAUUGACUGUAACAACCCCAAACAUGAGGAUAUCAACAAGAUGAAGGGCAAGAACAAAGACAUCCACACUAUCUGCACUACAAUAGAUAGACCAGAAGAAUCAUCAAUUUACUCAACAGCAGAUAAACCAGAAGAUUCAAUGAUCUACUCAACAGCAGAUAAACCAGAAGAUUUAAUGAUCUACUCAACAGCAGAUAAACCAGAAGAUUCAAUGAUCUACUCAACAGCAGAUAAACCAGAAGAUUCAAUGAUCUACUCAACAGCAGAUAAACCAGAAGAUUCAAUGAUCUACUCAACAGCAGAUAAACCAGAAGAUUCAGUGAUCUACUCAACAGCAGAUAAACCAGACAAUUCAAUGAUCUACUCAACAGCAGAUAAACCAGAAGAUUCAAUGAUCUACUCAACAGCAGAUAAACCAGACGAUUCAGUGAUCUACUCAACAGCAGAUAAACCAGAAGAUUCAGUGAUCUACUCAACAGCAGAUAAACCAGAAGAUUCAAUGAUCUACUCAACAGCAGAUAGACCAGACGAUUCAAUGAUCUACUCAACAGCAGAUAAACCAGAAGAUUCAAUGAUCUACUCAACAGCAGAUAAACCAGAAGAUUCAAUGAUCUACUCAACAGCAGAUAAACCAGAAGAUUCAGUGAUCUACUCAACAGCAGAUAAACCAGACGAUUCAGUGAUCUACUCAACAGCAGAUAAACCAGACGAUUCAAUGAUCUACUCAACAGCUGAUAAACCAGAAGAUUCAGUGAUCUACUCAACAGCAGAUAAACCAGAAGAUUCAGUGAUCUACUCAACAGCAGAUAAACCAGACGAUUCAGUGAUCUACUCAACAGCAGAUAAACCAGAAGAUUCAGUGAUCUACUCAACAGCAGAUAAACCAGAAGAUUCAGUGAUCUACUCAACAGCAGAUAAACCAGAAGAUUCAGUGAUCUACUCAACAGCAGAUAAACCAGACGAUUCAGUGAUCUACUCAACAGCUGAUAAACCAGACGAUUCAGUGAUCUACUCAACAGCUGAUAAACCAGACGAUUCAAUGAUCUACUCAACAGCAGAUAAACCAGACGAUUCAGUGAUCUACUCAACAGCUGAAUGUCCAGAUGAUUCAACCUCACAUUUUUACUGACUGUGUCUCACAGCAGCUUCAUGGACUGGAAGCUCAUCCUGCAAUGCAUCAGAGAUGGAUCUACUUUAAAAAAAAAAAAAAAAAAGAUUUAAAUUUACAAUAAGAGCUCAAAUGUUAUUCAGCUGCUGAAAUUGAUACCUAAUCUGGUUGAUAUGAAUAUAUUUAGCA